CGCUGGGAGCGGCCUGGGCCCGGCGAAGCCCGGCCGGCCUCGGGUGCCAUGGCCUCGCGGCUCCUGCACCGGCUGCGGCACGCCCUGGCCGGCGACAACCCGGGGGAGGCGGCGACCGGCCCGGAGGCCGAGCAGUUCCCUGAGAGCUCGGAGCUGGAGGACGACGACGCCGAGGGCCUGUCCUCCCGCCUCAGCGGCACCCUCAGCUUCACUAGCGCCGAGGACGAAGAGGACGACGACGAGGAGGACGACGGGGAGGUUGGCCCCGACCCGCAGCCCUCUGGGGACGGGGCGUCGGGAGAAGAUGCAGAUCGGAGCCUCCCACCUGAUGGACAGCGGGGCAGUCAGCCCCUGGCAAGGCAGUUGCAGGAUUUCUGGAAGAAGUCCCGCAACACUCUGGUGCCCCAGCGGCUGCUCUUCGAGGUGACCAGCGCUAACGUAGUCAAGGAUCCACCCUCCAAGUACGUGGUCUGCUUCGGAAUAACCUGGCUAAGGAUGUGGGGGCUCUGUGUCCAGAGCGGAACAAAGUCCAAGCUGGUCUUGAAGCUCUACACCCUCGCCGUGAUGGGUCCAGGGCCACCUGAUUGCCAGCCUGCCCAGAUCUCUCGCCGCUACUCGGACUUUGAGCGGCUGCACCGAAACCUGCAGCGACAGUUCCGGGGCUCCAUGGCCGCCAUCUCAUUCCCCCGGAAGCGCCUGCGCCGGAAUUUUACGGCAGAGACCAUCGCCCGCCGCAGCCGGGCCUUCGAGCAGUUUUUGAGCCACCUGCAGGCAGUGCCUGAGUUGCGCCUUGCCCCAGACCUGCAGGACUUCUUUGUACUGCCCGAGCUGCAGCGGGCCCAGAGCCUCACCUGCACCGGCCUCUAUCAUGAGGCUCUGGCGCUCUGGGCCAACGCCUGGCAGCUGCAGACCCAGCUAGGUACCCCCUUGGGCCCAGACCGACCUCUGCUGACCCUGGCUGGGCUGGCUGUGUGCCACCAGGAGCUGGAAGAUCCUGGGGAAGCCCGGGCAUGCUGUGAGAGGGCCUUGCAACUGCUGGGGGACAAGAACCCCCACCCUCUGUUGGCACCCUUUCUGGAGGCCCACGUCCGGCUCUCCUGGCGCCUGGGCCUGGACAAACGCCAAUCAGAGGCCCGGCUCCAGGCCCUGCAGGAGGCAGGCCUGACCCCCACGCCACCCCCCAGUCUCAAAGAAUUGCUCAUCAAGGAGGUACUGGACUGACUUUGCCUAGACUUCAGGCCACUGUGGGGAGAGGCACCGCCCCGGGAUGGAGGGUGGAGGUGAGCAAGGAGGACAUGAAUAGCAGUUGGGAAGCUGUAGGGGGUGCUGGGAACCCCUAGAAGCCCUAUGAAGGAUUUGUAGCACACCAAGGAACCAUGUUCCUUCUGUCGAGCUGGGCUCAGGACAAGUUUGGCCGGGGUUGCCCUGGGGUGGUGUAGGGAGCAAGUCUGAUGCAGCCUCUCCAGCUCAUGAGUGUCUGGGGACCGUGCCCCAGUGUCGGUCGGCAUUACCUCUUCCUUGGCCGCACGGCCAGCAACUCUUCCUCUGGAGUCCUGGAGUAUGGCUGUCGUCUGGCCCAGGGGAAUUAAAGGCCAGCAGCUCCA